GCCUGUGUCCGGACUGUUCGGAGCACGACCUCGACCUUGCAUACCGGAAGAUGGCAAAGCAGUUGCACCCAGAUAAGAAUGGGGGAACUGAGUAUGCCAAGAAGCGCUUUCAGAACAUGAAGGAGCGCUACGAGGCGCUGAAGCAGCGGCGCCAACAAGGCUGUCAGGGGCCCUCUGAGAAGGAGGAGUCAACAGACAGGGAAGAUCCGGAGGGUGCGGAGGACAAUGGGAGGAUUGAAUUCGAUCCGGCCGACCGGUCCUCUCUGGAUCAGACCGUUUGGAAGAUGCUCCACCAACUGCGCACGUUGAAGGAGGGCUUGGAGGAGCCUUGA